AUGAAGUCCACUCUCGAUUCAAUUCAGUACAGUUCUCCUUUGCGCUUCCGCUACCCUUCAACUUCAAGCUUCAGCCUCUCCCUUCCCCGAGAAGAUGUCGCUGCGUCCGAACGACAAGAAGGAGGCCCGCCGGAACAGGUACAAGGUGGCAGUGGACGCGGAGGAGGGGCGGCGGCGCCGGGAGGACAGCAUGGUGGAGAUCCGCAAGAGCCGCAAGGAAGAAAGCCUGCAGAAGAAGAGGCGAGAAGGUUUCCAGGCAGCGGUUCAGUUGCCGUCUGCUGCUGUUGAUAAGAAGCUUGAACUUCUCCCUGCAAUGGUUGCUGGCAUCUGGAGCGAUGAUAAAAACCUGCAACUUGAGUCAACUACUCAGUUCAGGAAAUUACUUUCAAUUGAACGCUGCCCUCCUAUCGAUGAAGUUAUACAAUCUGGAGCUGUUCCCCGCUUUGUUGAAUUUCUCAUGAGGGAGGAUUACCCUCAACUACAGUUCGAAGCUGCUUGGGCCCUCACUAACAUUGCUUCUGGGACAUCUGACAACACAAGGGUGGUUAUUGAUCAUGGAGCUGUCCCAAUAUUCGUUAAACUUCUGAGUUCUCCGAGUGAUGAUGUUCGUGAGCAGGCUGUUUGGGCACUGGGGAAUGUUGCUGGGGAUUCCCCCAAAUGCCGUGACGUAGUCCUUGCUCAUGGAGCUUUGGCUCCUUUACUAGCUCAGAUGAAUGAACAUGCCAAACUUUCCAUGCUUAGAAAUGCUACGUGGACACUUUCAAACUUCUGCAGGGGAAAGCCACAGCCUCCUUUUGACCAGGUUAAGCCUGCACUGCCUGCUCUUGCAUGCCUUGUGCGCUCAAAUGAUGAAGAAGUUCUGACUGAUGCAUGCUGGGCUUUCUCGUAUCUUUCGGACGGUACAAAUGACAAAAUUCAAGCUGUAAUUGAGUCAGGAGUUUGUCCUCGGCUAAUCGAACUGCUAUGCCACCCAUCUCCCUCAGUUUUGAUUCCUGCCCUUCGUACUGUUGGGAAUAUUGUUACUGGUGAUGAUUACCAGACUCAGUGCAUCAUCAACCAUGGAGCACUCCCUGGUCUCUUAAACUUGUUAACUGGCAACUAUAAGAAGAGCAUAAAGAAGGAAGCUUGCUGGACAAUUUCUAACAUCACUGCUGGAAACAAGGAACAGAUUCAGGCUGUCAUCGAAGCCAAUUUAAUUGGCUCAGUAGUUAAUCUGCUACAAAAUGCCGAGUUUGAUAUAAAGAAAGAGGCAGCAUGGGCAAUGUCGAAUGCCACUUCUGGUGGCUCUCAUGAACAAAUAAAGUUCCUAGUAAGUCAAGGUUGCAUCAAGCCCUUGUGUGACCUUCUAAUUUGCCCUGAUCCGAGGAUCGUUACGGUAUGCUUGGAAGGCCUUGAGAACAUCUUGAAGGUUGGAGAAGCUGAGAAGAAUCUUGGCAACACUGGGGCUGUGAAUCUAUUCGCUCAGAUGAUUGAUGAUGCUGAGGGCCUAGAGAAGAUUGAGAAUCUUCAGAGCCAUGAUAACACAGAGAUCUACGAGAAAGCAGUGAAGAUUCUCGAGACUUACUGGCUGGAAGACGAGGAUGAGGAGACGAUGGCACCUGGUGAUUUUGGAAACACCGAAUUGCCUUCUAUUCCACCUGGUGGCUUCCAAUUCGGCUGAAGGAGGGGGCUGGACGAAGGUUCCUUUUUAAGCUUUCGGUCCUCUCAAAGUUUUGGUCUGUUUGGGCAGCGCAGAGGCCUAGCCGGAUGUGGAAUAUCAGUGAAGGAUAUAUUGGUCGUAUUACUGAGUUCGGAUUUUCUUUUAGGCUACUAUGGGAGCAAGUCAAGGCAGGAUAUUCCGAAGGAAGAGGUUACUAUUGGUGAAGGUGCUCAUCUCCUAUGAGAAAUGCGUUAGUCGAUCGGUCUUUAGAUUUUGUUUUGGUAUCUUGUUACAGCUCCAUACUUUGGAUCAUCAUUCGUGAUUUUUUUUUUCUGUCCUCAAAUUGUUCUAUAUCGUCAAGACUUCGAAAUGCAGCUCCUGCAAUUUGUUGUGGCAUCGGCCGAAAUAUUUUAAUCCAUGAAUGGUUCGGUCAUUCAAUUUAUCGGUCUGUCAUGUACGGCCUUUCACA